AUGGGUCGACGGAAAGUUGAAAUGAAGAGGCUUAUGGACAACAAUAUAAGGCAAGUUACCUUCUCAAAACGCCGAUCAGGGCUCUUCAAGAAAGCAAAUGAACUUGCAACUCUAUGUGCAGCAAAAGUUUCCAUAAUUGUUUUCUCCCCAGGAGGUAAACCCUUCUCUUUUGGCCAUCCAAACAUUGAUUCAAUUGUGUCUAAGUUUCAAAACCAUCAAAAUUCAAGUCAUCCACGAUCUAGCCAUGGUAAAAUUCAUGUUGACAAGCCUCACCAGCUGGUUGAAGAUGAACAAUUCUAUCACCGAGGGAGCCAAGUGAAUGAGCUUAAUCUGCAACUCAAUGAAAUGGCUAAGCAAUUGGAAGCUGAGAAGAAGCGAGGCAAGGUGUUGAAUAAGAUGAAGAAAGCAAAAAGCAAACAGAAGUGGGAAGUGCUUAUUGAUGAGCUUAACUUGUGUGAGCUCGAGAAAUUGAAGGGUUCAUUGGAGACACUUAGAAUGAAUUUGAAAAUGGAAGCCAGUGAGAUCGAGGCAUCUUCUUCUUUGCUACUGCUGGCCAAAAACCCUAAAGGAAGAAACUGA